GCAGAAUAUUAUUCGCUAUGUCACUUGGGCUUUAACAUAUAAGAGAUGUGGCGUUGAAAAAUAUAAUAAACCGGAUUGUUAUGAACCGGAUAGUCCGGUUAUGAAUUAAUCGGUGACUAAUUAUUAGUUUUAUUACCGAUGUCUCUCGGUCUGUGGUCUCAAUGUAUACGAUUGGUCGGGUUCUGCGUUUUAGUCGUCCUCUUCCAAAAUUGAGCAUCUUCCCCAGAGUUUCACCUCUUUCUGCUUCCAUGGAUGCUUCGAAUCUCCUCAAACCUGCCUUCUCUCAAUCCAGCAGAAGUGGUAGAGGAGGAGGAAGAGGAGGAGGAGGAAAGGAUAAAAUUGAUGCACUUGGAAGACUCUUGACGAGAGUGUUGAGACACAUGGCUACUGAGCUGAGAUUGAACAUGAGAGGUGAUGGUUUUGUUAAAGUUGCAGACUUGCUUAACCUGAAUCUAAGAACAUCUGCAAAUGUUCAGUUGAAGUCUCACAACGUUGAUGAGAUUAGAGAGGCAGUGAGAAGGGACAAUAAGCAACGUUUUAGCCUCGUUGAAGAGGAUGGAGAGCUCUUGAUACGUGCUAACCAAGGCCACUCCAUCACGACGGUUGAAUCUGAAAAGUUACUUAAACCAAUAAUGUCACCGGAAGAAGCUCCAGUGUGUGUGCAUGGAACUUAUAGGAAGAAUUUGGAAUCCAUCUUAGCAUCUGGCUUAAAGCGUAUGAAUAGACUCCAUGUUCACUUUUCUUGUGGCUUGCCAACAGAUGGUGAAGUGAUAAGUGGCAUGAGAAGAGAUGUUAAUGUAUUGAUCUUCCUGGACAUCAAGAAAGCUCUUGAAGAUGGGAUUGCUUUCUACAUUUCAGACAACAAGGUGAUUCUGACUGAAGGUAUUGAUGGUGUAGUGCCUGUUGACUACUUCCUGAAGAUCGAGUCUUGGCCUAGUCGACAGCCAAUUCCUUUCUGAUUAGAUUUUCAUCAGUGACUUAUUAGAUAAACAAUUGUUACUGCCUUUAAUGUUUGAUAAUCCAUGUUGUUACUGCGUCCCGGAGUGCUGGAAAUCAAUCACGUUUUUAUCUGUUCUUUUAUCUAUUGAGAAUAGAUCAAUAUUUGAUCAUGAAUGUUGUUUCAGUUGUCGGCAGUGAAACCAAAAUGUUUGCAGCAUUGUUUUGCAGAAACAUUACAACUGGUGUUCUGUUUGUUCUUUUAUCAGUAACUUUGACAUCUAUAUUAUAAUGAUACACUUUAAAGGCUCCUUAAGGUGUCCACAUAGGUAGAUUGUGGGUCCUACUUUUCUAUAUUAAAAUAGAUAAAUUUUUUAAAAUGACUACAAACAAAGAAUAUGAGUUUAG